GAUAAUUUAAACUCUGCUUGAUCAUCAUAAUCUUUUCAUCUGCAGAGCCAGAGGUUGGUGGUGAAGUUUGAUUUGAGAAUCAUGUCGCAGAACAGUUUGAAUGAUAACUGCGUCCAUGUGGAUGAUCUCAUAAAGCGCUACUAUCUGCCAGUCAUGUACAGCGUCAUCUUUAUCAUUGGUAUGGUGGGGAACAUCACAGCUCUGGUGGUGUACGUGUUUAAAGUACGGCCAUGGACCAACAUCACCAUCAUCAUGGUAAAUCUUCUCGUCAGUGACCUUCUACUCAUGUCCUCCCUGCCCUUCUUAGUUUACUACUACAACAACAAUGACACCUGGACACUGGGACUUGAUAUGUGUCGCUUCACGCACUUUAUCUUUCAUUUUAACUUAUACGGCAGCAUCCUCUUUCUCACCUGUCUGUCCAUCUUCCGCUACGUUGGAGUUGUUCGUCCGGCGCAGAAGGAGAAAAUGAAGAAGAUGCGCUGGGGUAUGCUGGCCUGUGUGUUGGUCUGGGUUGUUGUGUUGGCCAUGAUAUCUCCAAUGUUUAACAAGUUUGAAUUAAAACUUGAGAACAACAAAACCAUAUGUCCGGACCUCGCCAGCACUAACAAAGACUUCAUCUGGCCGUAUAGCUGGGUGCUGACUGUAGUGGGAUAUAUAUCGCCUCUAAUCGUGGUCUGUUUGUGUUACUGGCGUAUCAUGAGAAAGUUAGGGAAGGGUCCUCAUACAAAGAGCAGGGUACGAAUAAAGGCAAGAAGAGUUGUUGUGUUGAUAUUGACCUGCUUUAUUGUGUGUUACUUGCCUUAUCACGUACUACGAGCUUUGAGAAUUUACACAAGAAUCAUGCCGAAAGUCACCUACAUGUUGGAUCACGGUGUGCAUGCUGUAUAUGUGAUAUCAAGACCAAUCCCUGUUCUUAACACAGUUUUUAACAUGAUGCUGUACACAUUGUCUGGAGAUUCCUUUAAACAGGCGUACAUGGAGUUCUUUAGGUGUAAACAGCUCACGGAAAAGAAUAUCCUCUGUAAGGAGGCUGUGACCAGCAAAUCCUCAUCCGACUCACAGUAGUGUAUGCUGUAAAAACUUUUAAAUGUUUUUUAAAUCAACAUAUAUUUUUAUGUUACUAAGUUACGUAUAUAUGUAUUUAUAUUUAAUUAUCGGCAUAAAUAUUUCCUUAAAUGAGCUGUUGGUAAUGAAAAGUCACCCACUAAAGCAAACAUCUGAAAGACAGUAAAAUGACCAAUCAUCAUUCACUCUUUAAUGUACACUAUAAAAAUAACCUUGGUUUUGCAAGUCAAUUCAAUCUACUAUUUCACUGAAAAAAUGACUUCCUUACUUAGUAUUUAAGUUUUAUUUCAGUACAAAUAUCUAAAAAAUUCUUGACCGUAAAAAAUUUGCUAAUUUUUCUUACAUUUUUCUUAAGCUAAGUGUUAAAGAAAAAAGUUCAAGAUUUUUUUCUUACCCCAUUGGCAUUUAUUUUCUUGUUUUAUGCACCGUAAAAAAUACUUUGCUGCCUUAAAGAGAAAGUCAACUUAAUUUUAUAAGUUAUAACAACUCGUC